AUGAUUGCGUUGCCGUCCACGUCCCAGCCUCAUUCGUCGACACGAUUCAGGGGUCUCGGUCGUCGAGCGACGGAACUCGGGGCCUGGCAGUCAGCCGUGGACGAGUGCGACCCCAUGCCACUGUUCCAGCCGUCCGGUCAACACAAGGGACCUCGUGCUAGGUCGUCGACGCCGACGAAUGGCAACGGCCGGUACGCCUUCAGCAUCGCCGAGACUGGUGUGGUCCGCGUGCCGGCCUACCUGACGCCCAGCCUGGCCCGGGGCCGUUCAGGGGAGCGCCAUUCCCAGGCUGGCAUAGCCCCAGGCACGAUGACCUGA